AUGAAAAAGAUUAAUGAUAAUAAGAGUUCUGGCGGAAGAGUUGAAUUAGAAGUGAAUGAUGUUAAUGAGAAAUUAGCCGAAAAAGCAGAUAAAAACCACGUUCAUUAUAUAACUUCAGACGAACAGAUUAUAACGGACUACCAUGGAUAUUUAACACGAAGUGAUGAAGCGAAGACAAAAAAUGUUAAUGAAAGAAGAUAUAAAUACAUUCGUGCUAAAGGUUAUGACAUAAGCUGUACUGUACAGUAUGAUGUAGCUAAAGCACCAGAAGCAUUUGGUUAUACCGGUGAAAUUUAUGCCUCUACUUUCUCUGUUAAAGGUGUAUUAGUUGAACCAAGAUUUACUUUGAGAGUUAAGUCAAAAAUAACUUUUGAAGAUGCUAUUAAAAGUAAAGCUGACAAAGAUGAACUUGACGCAACGAACAAAGUUUUGAAAUCUCAUAAACACAACAUCUCCGAUAUAAAUGAACUUCAAACUUCUUUAGACAGUAAAGCCGACAAGAACCAUACACAUAAAUCCUUCACUACUGUUAGAGCAGACGACAUAAUAUUGAACUUUGACCUUGGUUCAAGUGCACCUUUAGAGAAUCCAAGUACAAGCGUAAAAGAUACACUAAACUCCUUAAAUAGUAAAUGUAUGAACAUUGAAGGUCAUGUCAGAAACUUUGAAACACAUGAACUACCAGCAAUGUUAGAUAAGAAAGCAGAUAAGAACCAUACACAUGAUUUCUUCACAACUGUUGGUAUAGAAAGUAUUGAAGGAACGGUUGAAGGAACUGGUGGGGAUGCAUUAUAUUGGAAACCUCCUAACUUUCCACAAGGUUUAACAUCGGAGGAAAACAUAACGACGAUGAAAUACAUUAGAU